AAAACAACUUUUCAACAAAGCCGAGAAACCAAUUGGUCUACCGAGAAUAUGAUUGGCUCGAUAUUGAGGCCGUGGGGCAUCAUGUCCAUCUCGACCUUCUACCUCUUCGUCACCGUUACCAAGCUCGCCGUCUCUGGUGACUUGCGUACCUUGUUCUCUUGGGAGGCCUUUCAUGACGCAUGGUUCGGCAACUUUUGGGUGUACAUGGGUCCCAAGUCCAAAGCUGGAGCUGAGGGUUGGGUAGUCCCGCUUCUUGAGGGUCGUGUCAAGGAUGGCAAGAUUCACGAGGAGGCUCAAGGCCCGCCGAUCGAUGGUGUCAUCUUGGAGAUUGGAGCCGGCAGUGGAAUGUGGACGCAGGUUCUUGCCGAUAAAUCCUCUAGCAAGAUCUAUGGCGUCGAGCCGAAUCCCAUCUCUGCUGCGGCUCUGACGCGACGCGUCGAUGAGACGGGGCUUGUUGGAACUUAUGAAGUCCUCCCUUUUGGCAUCCAAGACUUGAAGGAUGAGACUUCCAUCGGCCCAGGAAGCGUCGACUGCAUCAUUACGGUUCAAUGUCUCUGCAGCAUCCCGGAGCCAGAGAAGAACAUUCGUCUUCUGUACAACUACCUCAAGCCAGGCGGCCGGUGGUAUGUCUACGAGCAUGUCAAGUCAGAGCAGGGCACUGUAAUCCCAUUGAUUCAGAGGCUCACCAACAUCCCUUGGGAGUACCUUGUUGGGUCUUGUAAGCUGUGUCGGCCAACUCUUAGGUCAAUCCUCAAGGUUGGCGAUUGGGAUAGAUUUAACGUGGCUCCUCUCUCGGGUGAGAGUUGGCUGGAGGUGAUUCCUCACAUUGCUGGAACAUUGACCAAGGCGUCGUAGAUGUUCAACAGAGGCUAAGGCAUCAGGCAUGGAAGCAGUUUAGGUCCGUUGCUUACCGAACAUUAGAUGACAUGGGUGCCACUGGCUUGAAGACAGACAAUCUUUUUAUAGUAUCAGCAGGAGAGUGAUAUUAGCCGUAAGAAUGGCAUUCCAUCCCCGCGGUGUUAUUAG